GACUCCCAAAAGAUAGCACUUCUUUCCUCUCGCGCUGUGAGGCUAGAAUAUCAUCUGCGCUCGUUCAGUACUAGCAGGACAACUUUCAAAAAGUACCGCCGUCGACGGUCUCCAGCUAAGGGCACUAUUACGCGAUCUAGGAGGUAGUCUGUGGACGGCACUACACUCAUUACCUGAGCAAUCGCGGGACCGACAAGUCGAGAUCGCGCGACACGGCCAAGAUGACCUCGUUCAUCAACACAAUCAACAGCAAUGCUCGAUCGCGGCAGACCCAGGCAUUUCAGCCUACGAAGCGCGCCAAAGGCACCAAUAGCUGGCAGCUGAAGCAGUUCGCCGAAGCUACGCUGGGCAGCGGUAGUCUACGCAAAGUAGUCCAGCUGCCAGAGGGCGAGGACAGAGAUGAGUGGCUUGCUGUGAACGUGGUCGACUUCUACAACCAGAUCAACUUACUCUACGGCGCCAUCACCGAAUUCUGCUCACCACAGUCAUGCCCAGAGAUGAAAGCUACCGAUGAAUUCGAGUACCUCUGGCACGACCCUCCAGCGUUUCCAAAGCCAACACGCCUUCCGGCUCCCUCCUACAUCUCUCACCUCCUGAGCUGGACCUCGAAUCAUCUCUCCAAUCCCUCGGUGUUUCCAACACACCCGGGCGUCGCAUUCCCCGCCAACUUCCAGUCCACCAUUCGCACCAUCUUCAAGAGACUGUACCGGAUAUACGCACACAUCUACUGUCACCACUACGGUGUGGUCCGUGGUCUCGGCCUAGAAGCACAUCUCAACACCGGCUUCAAGCACUACGUCUUGUUCGUGGAAGAGUUUGGUCUGGCUGAUGAGAAGGGCAACAAGAAGGGCGAAUGGUACGGCCCGCUUGGCGAGUUGGUAGAGAGCAUGUUGAGAAGCGAUUAAUUACGAGCAUAAUGAUUUUGGAGGAGUAACGAACAGCAUACCCAUGGAAGGAGUAAGGAGUUUGGGACGCCAGAUCUGAGCAUGGCGCGAUCCGGUUGAGUGUACUAUUAUGUCGAGGACAUGGGUUCUCACUACUGAGCGCGACAGAUACAGCAAUGCCGCAGUCGGUUAGACAGCGCAACGAAGAAGACACUCUGAU